CGUAUCCCUCCACUGUGUUAUCAUGUGCCGCGGGGCGGUUUCUCAUCCAUCGCCCUGAAUCACUUAAAACUGUUUCUGUGGCUGGGCAGAGAGUGACAGCGGAUAAUAGGCCACAUGAAGUAUGGCUGCGCAAUUGUGGUGGCUAUUACGCACAGAGUUUCAAGUAACAUCAACCGCACUGACGCAUAAAUCUUUCCAGAAAUUACUGAUUAUUUAAUGAGUAAAAAUGCACCGUUGAAAUUAAAAUUCAUGACAUGCCCUUCAGUAAUUCAGUGGUCUGACAGAGUAAGAUUCCUCUGCAUCCGGUUAUAAGGAAUCUCUCCAACCCUCCUCUCGUCAGAUCAGCCUGCACAGUGACGUGUUUCCACGCAAGGUCCUCAUUAAGAGGGACGUUUGGUUUCUCUGACGCGUGUCCCGGUCGUCUGACGGUACCUGCCCCUCUCAUAAGCUUCACUAAAUCACGCGGGAGACCUCCACCAACACUUCAUCACUGUUCUUCCAGGAGGACGAGACCUCACAUUACUCCUGUAACUGUUCUCCUCACCGCCUCCCGUGUCAGGUGCCCCAGCACAUGCCCCUGGAAAUACUUGCGGUGUCCAUGCCUGCCUGUUCCUAGCGGAAGCCCGUUGCGACAAUGGCCAUCCACGUAGAGGGGCUUGUGGCUAUUGCGGUCUUCUACUUACUAAUCCUGUUCGUGGGCAUCUGGGCGGCAUGGAAGAACAAGCACUCCGGGGAGGCGGAGGGCACCGACCGCAGCGAAAUCAUCAUGGUCGGAGGGAGAGACAUUGGUUUAUUUGUCGGUGGAUUCACCAUGACAGCGACCUGGGUUGGAGGAGGGUACAUCAAUGGCACAGCUGAGUAUGUGUAUAUGCCAGAAUAUGGCUUAGUCUGGGCUCAGGCUCCUUUUGGCUAUGCUCUGAGUCUGGUUUUGGGUGAGUAGUGCUGCAUGUUUCACACGUUCAAAUUAAUUUAGAGUACAGGUUAUGUCACAAUGUUGGACCCCUUCCAGCAGCUGUAUGGGAAACGCAUGGGUGGCCUCCUCUUCAUACCUGCACUCAUGGGCGAGAUCUUCUGGUCUGCUGCCAUCUUGUCUGCCCUCGGUGCCACACUGAGUGUCAUUGUGGACAUUAACAUUAAGAUGUCAGUGGUGAUCUCAGCACUCAUUGCAAUCUUUUACACCCUGGUUGGAGGACUGUACUCUGUGGCUUACACUGAUGUCGUGCAGCUCUUCUGUAUCUUUGUUGGACUGUGGAUCAGUGUCCCCUUUGCUUUGGUCAACCCUGCGGUGUCAGACAUCACUGUAACAGCAGUGAAGCAGGUGUACCAGGCACCUUGGAUUGGCAGUAUCCACAAGAGCUACACCUGGGUCUGGAUCGACAACCUCUGUCUCCUGAUGCUUGGAGGAAUUCCCUGGCAGGUGUAUUUCCAGAGAGUUCUCUCUGCCUCCUCGGCUACCUACGCCCAGGUCCUCUCCUUUCUGGCUGCUUUUGGGUGCCUCGUCAUGGCUGUGCCCUCUGUUCUCAUUGGAGCCAUUGGGGCCUCCACAGACUGGAACCAGACAACUUAUGGUGCCAUUCCUCCUAGAGAGAAGAAUCAAACCGACAUGAUUCUACCCAUCGUGCUCCAGCACCUUUGCCCACCCUUUGUCUCUUUUUUUGGCCUGGGUGCAGUGUCUGCAGCAGUCAUGUCAUCAGCAGACUCUUCCAUCCUUUCAGCAAGUUCUAUGUUUGCAAGAAACAUCUACCAGCUCACCUUUCGACAGUCUGCGUCUGACCGUGAGAUUGUGUGGGUGAUGCGUAUUACUAUCUUUGUAUUCGGUGGCCUUGCAACAUUGAUGGCGCUGGUAACUGGGACAGUUUAUGGCCUCUGGUACCUGAGCUCAGACCUUGUUUAUGUCAUUAUCUUCCCCCAGUUGCUCAGUGUGCUAUUUGUCAAAGGUACAAACACAUAUGGGUCAGUGGCUGCCUACCUCUUUGGCCUGGUGCUACGUAUAGGUGGAGGUGAACCUUACCUGCAAUUGCCUCCUUUCAUUUAUUACCCUGGCUGGACCACUGAGAAGAGAAUGCAUCACAUGACUGGAGAAAUGGAGGAAGUGGUUAUUCAGAAAUUCCCCUUUAAGACCGUCUCUAUGCUUGCCUCCUUUCUGGGUAACGCUGUGUUCUCCUACCUGGCCAAGUACCUGUUUGAGAGCGGCAAGAUUUCACACAAAUAUGACUUUCUCAAUGCAGUGGUGUCCAAGCACAGUGGAGAGAUUAUGGACAGGACAACACUUGUAACUCGUGGCAACAACAUCGGAUUAUCAGAGAUUGCGUCUGUCAAACCACGGCUGAGUGUGACCUUAGCGGCUACUUUUGUGCGCCGUGACACACUGCCAACAGAAACGGUGGAGGAGGAAGAUUCCAGCCCUGACUCUUCCCAGCACGAUGAAGAAUGACAAUCUCAGGAUGUGAAUAAAACGACACAUAAACCGUGGGAAAACUGUGUCAAAUAUACUUCAAAAGAACAAGAUAUACAAGAGACAUAAAGCAAAUGUUGUCAUUUAUGACUACAAAGUACCACUUCACGCCUGUGGUGUUUGGAUACGAGCCACAUGUCAGGAUGUAGCUUUAUAGUGUAGCAGCUUGCUGUUUGUCCAGACAUGAAGCUGCCUGUCUGUCUGCAACAUAUCACUACAGUACAUACAUAUGUUCAUACAUAUAGAUAGUACUUAAAGGUAGUUGGGUGUUCUGUAUUUUCAUCAUUUUUGUAAAACUAACUCGGAGAUAAAGAAAACUCAUAGCUCCUUUUCAGACAUGGGAUAUGUCAUUUCUAGCUUCAUCAGUCUCAUACAGCAACAGCUUUCUGUCUUUUCAGACAUAGGUCACGUUUACAUUAAUGUUCCUCACAGCUUCAUUCAGACAUACCCAUGACUGUGACAGAGAGAGCCACUGUACACAUGCAAUAUUUGUGCUCAUUGAAAGACUGGACAGUAUAUUAAGUGACGUUUAAUAUGUGAGGCCAGAGUUUUCUAACUACAACAGAAUUUAUUUAUUUAUUUUUUGCUCAUGUUAUUGCUGUUUAGAGGGUUCUCCAAAACAUUGUGUUUUUAGUGAGCGAAGCAACUCACCAAGACACAUGAGACACCUAGACUGUUGUUUCUGGUAAACCUGCUCUACAUAACAACAUCCUACGUCAGUGUGCCGUAACCGUGUGUGUGCCAAUCUGGUAAUGCAGCUGCAUGGAGUUUAUACUUGUGGUCUAUUGAAGUGAUACCUAAAUAUUACUAGGUUCAUCCCAUUGAGUGUAUAAAUGAUGGAGAGGCUAAGAUCUCCCAGAAGUGAUGCCACCAAAACUCAAUCGCCCCCUGGUGGCGCCCGCCUCCUCUAUGUUAGCGGAUGGGACAUACGCCACACCAAAAACUCAAAAGUACAAAUCAAAUAUAUUUUUCCCACUUCUGUAGAUAUUAUCACACUGAUGUAUGUGCCAGUGUUCAUUUUUCUGGUACAAUUGCUUUUAAUAACUUAUCUGAUGAUAUAAAAAGAAGUGUGUUUCAGUGGAUUUGAUGGCUUGGAUGGUGGUCCGAUGAUGUCACUCCACUUCUGGACACCACUGCACAGAAUCAGGUUGCAAAAAACCAAGAUGGCAGCUGCCGUAUUCAAGAUAUUUUGGCUUCAUUUUUGCAUAUUGGAGGGAAGUAGUGAUGCCAUGUCCAUCGUAUAUAUAUUUUUCACUUGUUCAACCUAGUAAGAUUGCUGUUGUGUUGUGACUUUCAUGGAAAAGUGGCCAGGGUGCUCACUGAGACAUGAGGCUGACACAAUCAGAUGUCAGAUUAAUGGAAAUGAGUGCAUGUCAAGCAUUUUCCAAUUGCAGAUGAGUGGGGUAAGAGAUGUUGCAUACAAUUCAUUCAGAGGUUAAAUAGGAACAUAGCCAAUCAGAAAUAUGACAUGGAGCAAAGGAGAUUUAUAAAAAAUGAUUGACAGCACAAAUGUAGUUUGGAAGGAGGGUAUACAAUAUGUCCUAAUUAGAGAAAAGCAAUAACACUUACAAAGACUUAAACAGCUGUACAGCAAAUAUUCUAAAAAUGUACUUGAGAGUGAGAGUGGAAAUCAUAGAAAACAACAUUUUAUAGCUUUAAUGUGUAAGAUCAACCCGACAUACAGCAUGUUAUGUGUAACCUAAUUCAUUUAAAUAAUUUUGAUUGAUUAUAGAUUAAUGAACUCUGAUGUCAUAAAGUGAUAUAUGAACUAACACCCAAAAUGUGUUAUGUUUAGCUUUUACAAGCAGUCAUGUCUCUCAUCUACUGUAUGUUGUUAUUACCAAUAAAUACAUUGAGACUGUGAAUCAAGACAGAAACAACCCAGGUAUCAUGUUGUGUAGAAAAUACAGUAUACAAGCAGUGGUGAGGUUAGAGUACUUGAAACAUUAGCCAGUAUUCUCUUCAAUGUCAAAACUGUUUAAAAAUAUGAAUCAGUAUAGUUUAGUGUUAAGAUGAUCUUGUAUUCAACUGCCUUAAUGAAGCUCAUGAAAAAAGACGGCAAUGAAUAGAGGCCUGAAUAUGAAUGUAACCGCUACACUAUACAAAGUAGUGUGCUUCUACUGCUGUUUGUGUGUUUUUGUUUGUGAUUCGCAAAGUCAAACAGUAACUGUUGCAGAACAAUGUAAUGUCAGGCUCUGAUUUACAGAUCUGUUCCUUAUUUGUUGGUAACAGCAGUGUGCAGAUAAUCUUUUCUGUGUGGUGUAUGUUUGAACGCAUAAGAGGAAAAAAGAGAACAGUGCUGGUUAAAAUUAUUCAUAUAAGAUGGAAAAGAUGCUGUCUAAAUGUUUAUUUUUGAUGUCAUAAAAGAUGAAACAAUA